GUGUAAUUAUGUUAUUCGCUACUGAUUAUUUUCACCUUUUAUUGUUUUGGUUUCAAGAGCUUGUUCUGGGCUUUUAUGUUGUUGAUCAUGUCUAGGAUAGUAUCUCUGCUGCUUACUUUAAAUUUCUUAUUUUUAUAAGAAGCCCUGAUGCUGACUACCUUGAUCAUAUAUGCGUGAAUAGAUUAUUAAUAUUAUUAUUAUUUUCGAAAUUGAAAGUGAUAUUCAGCAUAAUAAAUUGGCUUUCUUGGUGAGCUUUAGUGGUGUAGGUGAUUGACUUAAUGGAGAUAUUUGUUGAGAAAAAGUUAUUCUAGUGUAGCUAAGAUGGGAAAAGUACCUGCUUCUGGUUUUGCAAAUAUAUAAUUGAAGGUGUGAAAAGAAUUCUAAUGAAUUAUUCUAAAUACAUAAAAAGGGUUCUCAAAAAGUUAUCUUUUUUUGUGCAAAAAUUUGUGGAGAAGUAUUUGUAGCGCCAUAGUAUAUAGGAAUCUUCGAGUUUAUUCUCUGAAGUUAAGCUGUCUAGCCACUUGUCUAGGGAGCGGAUAUAGAAAGCCGCUUGAUAUCAACUUCAUCCCUUACUAUGUCUUUCAAAGGUAUAACGUGGGCUGGAAAUGUAUACGAAAAGUUUGAGGCUAUGUGUUUGGAGGUGGAAGAAGCUAUGUACCAGGAUACCGUUAAAUACGUGGAAAAUCAGGUGCAGAAAGUUGGUGUUAGUGUAAAGAAGUUCUAUUCAGAAGUGAUGGAUGAUAUGCGUCCUCUAUCGUGUAUAGAUCCAACGAGCGUAGCUGAUGACUUGUCUCCUAUCCCCUAUGGUUACACCGAUGUCAACAAAAAGCCAACACCGGGCAUAUUGGACAAUCGUCGGGAUCUAAAGAAGAAAAAGAACGACGAUCAAGUCCUCUUGAAUAUAACUGCUGAAAAAGGAUCGUCCAAUGUAUGCCUUUUCUCGCCACAAUCUCCCGGAAUCUUUAUUGAACAUAAAUCCCCCGAGAAAUGUGCAGUAAGUAAGAAAAUCGGGGUACAGAGGCGUGCAAUCGGCAUUAAAAGAAUCUCUAAAAGCAAUUAUCCUUCAAAAGAUUCGUGCCGAACUACUUCUACAUCAGAAGAUAAGGGGAGCAAAGUUGCAAGUUGCGACACGAGAACUAAUUCCAGGUUGGCCUCUGACAAUAUGGAUGUAACUUCGUCGUCGGACUUUGCUGGGAGGUGUGGAGCUCGAGAAGCAGUUAAAGGAAAUGCACCAAAUCUCAAUCACUCAAUUGAGUCCCCUGCUUCUGAUGAAGUUUUAUUGCCUCAAUCUGUAAGGCAAGAUAGUUUGAGGGCUAGUUCCAGGUUGGCCUCUGACAAUAUGGAUGUAACUUCGUCAUCGGACUUUGCUGGGAGGUGUGAAGCUCGAGAAGCAGUGAAAGGAAAUGCACCAAAUCUCAAUCACCCAAUUGAGUCCCCUGCUUCUGACGAAGUUUUAUCGUCUGAAUCUGUAAGGCAAGAUAGUUUGAGGGCGGCCUGUGAUGACUCGAUUGUGACAUCAUCCUCGAACAUAAUGAUGCAGGAACAUGCUGAGGCGGUAAAAGGAAACACAGCUCUUCAAGAUAAUCUAAUCAAGUCUCCUGCUUCCGAAAAAGCUUUAUUGGCUGAAUCCAUGAGGCAAAUUGGGGAUGUUUCCGACUGCAUUCCCCCUGAUUCUGACAGUAACUUAUCAGAUGACUCCGUGAGGCUGAAAGGAGAUCCCGAGGCUACCACAUCCUGUUCGGGAUCACCCGCUGAAUCUGCUGGUAUGUCUGUGAAUGAUAUUGUUGCGUGCUCAAGUUUUAGAACUGAGGUUUGCAAUCUUGAAUAUGAGGAAAAAGGGACUGUGUCUAAUGAAGGUAUGUAUACUCUUGUUGUUGGAGGUACUUCCAUAAAAGAUUGCUCAUUAAGUGCUGAUUCUCCUUCAUGCAAUGUUGAAGUCUAGCAACAAGGAUUUUAUCAUCACUAAUAAAGAUAGCUUUGACAUGGAGUUUGUAGAGAACAACGAGGUUUCUGAGCUGAGAGAGGUGAAGUUUGAGACCGAUAAUGGUAGGCGUGAUUUGGAGGAAAGCUGCAUCUUUGUCGAUGGAGAUGAGCUCCAUUUUGACCUUCAAGGGACUAGGAAACACAAGUCCUACAAGAAAAGGAUCCGUGAAGCACUUUCAUCAAAGUUGAGAUCAAGGAAAGAUGAGCAGCUUGUCUUCUGCGAAGACAAGCAAGAGAUGUCGGAUCGUGCUCGUGCUCGUGCUGUCGAGUCCGAGGAACAGAAACUAUCAGCUUUUGAUUCUGUUGAAUCGGAUUGGGAGCUUCUUUAGAAGACUCAUAUAUGGAUAUAAUUAUAUAAAGAUGCUGUUAAAUUGUGAAUAAUUGGACAAGAUGAUGUGCUCUACAUCAAAGAUGGUAAUACUUGUGAAUCAGUAUGCAACAAAAAGAAGUGAAAAAGCAUUGAUUGCUUCUAUAUGUCAAUAUCAUAAAAUCAUACCGAGUAUUGCCAGUUUCUCUCCGGUUGGAACGAUAUCAAGUUUUAAAUGUAUAUAAUAGUAGUGUGAUUAG